GGUUGUCAAAUAACUGGCACGUGCGUUUGUUUUGGAGUUUUAUGUUAGCUGUGUACGCGCGUGGUGCCCGAACAUUACUUUUUUAAUAUCAAUCAUUUACAUGUGGGAACAGUUACAAUGACUACCAAAAUCAAAUUAAAAGAAAUAUACGAAGUACAAAAACAAUAUAAAGCUUUCUAUACCGGUGGAUCGGUCCAGUGGAGCUCCGAUGGCAAGGAAAUUUUGUGCCAGAAUUCGGGUACAGUUAGUCUAGUUUCGGUCGAUGAUGACGCUUCUGAGCCUGUAAUUUUCGGAGAAGAUAACGAUGAGGAUAUCAUCUAUACAUUCGCGUUAAGCAAAAACGGAGAAAAUAUAAUUACUGCUCAUCGUUCAGGUUUGCUAAAACUAUGGGAUAAAAACAGCAAGCAGAUUGCUAAGAUGUGGAAAGGAGUCCAUUUAGGGCCAAUAACCAAAUUGGUAUUCAACGAGAAUGAUGCUUUGAUUGCAAGUGGUGGUACCGAUACGACGGUUAGGGUUUGGGAUCCAAUGGAACAGGUGUGCAAAGGAACACUUAGAGGCUGCCAGGGUGUGAUAAAUCUUUUGGUUUUUCAUCCCGAUGAAGCAAGCAAAACGCUUCUGGCUGCAGGAGACGAUGUAAAAAUUAAUGCUUGGAACUACGAAACACGAGAACUUCUCAAAACUUUUUCAGGACACUUUUCGAAAGUCACUGCAGUUUCGUUUUCGAAUGAUAGAAAGUACAUCGUUUCUUCUGGUAGAGAUAAAAUAUUAAUUUUGUGGAACUAUGAAACGCAACAAGCGAUCAAAACUAUUCCCGUGUAUGAGAGCUUGGAAAGCGUCACGGUACUUCCUGCGGAUAUCCACGUUAAUGGGCUGAAGCUAAAAGCUGACAAAGUGUAUGCGGCUUGUGCGGGAGAAGAAGGUGUGAUCAAAAUUUGGGAGAUGACUGAAACUAAAAUUGUUGUAAAGCAAAGCAACAGCCUCGUAACUCGAUCCACAGAAGAAGGAGGACUUGCUAUAACCGAUAUGUUAUUCAAUCAACAAACUUUGCAAAUGGCCAUUGUAACUGCUGAUCAUAAUAUCAUUAUUCAUGAUAUUCAAACGUUUGAAUGUACAAAGCAGUUGUCUGGUUUUAGUGACGAGAUCCUGGAUUUAAUACUGUUUGGGAAAAAGAACCGUUUUCUCGGAAUGGCAACCAACAGUAACGAUUUUAAGGUUUAUGACACGACCUCCAUGAACUGUCAGCUUGUGAAAGGUCACACGGAUAUUGUUUUAUCCCUAUCGGCCAAUAGCCAAUAUAUUCUUUCGUCGUCGAAGGACAAUUCCAUUCGGCUUUGGACUUACGACAUGAACAAAUUUCUUGUACAGUGUGUUGCAAUAGGUCUAAAGCACACCAACGCUGUAGGGAGUGUAGCUUUAAGUAAAAUUUCUGGUAAAUUUUGUGCCAGUGUAAGUCAAGAUAAAUGUCUGAAAGUUUGGAAAAUUCCCAAAGAGUUUAAUGAAACCGUCGAUGAGAAGGAAUUAACUCGGUUGAACUGUUCUCUGACAGAACUGGCACACGAAAAAGAUAUCAAUUGUGUAAGCAUAUCACCCAAUGAUCAGCUGAUUGCGACUGGAUCGCAAGAUAAAAUUGCCAAGCUCUGGGAUGUAACGAAUCUUUCUGUAAUUGGUGUAUUCCGAGGUCACCGUCGAGGAAUUUGGGCCGUUAGGUUUUCACCCGUAGACCAAAUUCUGUUAACUAACGCAGCUGAUUGUUGCAUAAAAUUAUGGUCUCUAACUGACAUGACGUGCCUUAAAACUCUUGAAGGUCACGAAAGCUCUGUUCUGAGAGUGGAAUUUCUCUCCCACGGGAUGCAGCUUGUUUCUGCAGGUGCUGAUGGUUUACUAAAGCUGUGGUCCAUCAAGAGCUCGGAGUGCAUUCAAACGAUGGACAAACAUGAGAGCCGUGUUUGGGCGAUAUGCGUAUCAGAUGAUGAAUCGGUGAUCUUCAGCGGUGGUUCGGAUUCACAGCUAAUCAAGUGGAAAGAUGUCACCGAAGAAAAGCACGAUCGUGAACAAACAAAACGAAACGAAAUGAUGCUACAAGAGCAAGAGCUGACCAAUCUUGUGAACGACAAAAAACUCCUGAAAGCUCUUCGUUUCUCGCUGAAUUUGGACCGACCACUGAUGACACUGAAAAUCAUAACUGCCGUUAUAAAAACACAAGAACAAGGACUCGCCAUCACCGUACGGAAGCUACGUGACGAUCACAAGGAAACAUUGUUGAAACAUGCCAUCGAAUGGAACACCAACAGCAAAAACUGCCGCCCAGCCCAACUAGUUCUGAACAUCUUGUUGCAGGAAAUGCUUUCUGGAAAUUUUCAUGUAUCCGAGCUGAACAAGCAUCUGGAAGCAGCGCUCCCUUACACCGAGCGCCACUUCAAUCGAAUGACCGAGUACGCCAAGGAUCUUAAAUUCAUCGAGUACACACUUCAGUGUAUGCAACCGCAUGCCGUUGCAGGCAAAACCAAUAAACCGCCCACGAUCUAGGAUAAUCCUAGUCAUUCGAA